AUGUGCAUCGACCUUGGGCUGGAUAUUUCUGACAUUUCACCUCAGAAGAGGAAAAAGCCAUUCAUCGCACGACUCACACAAUUAGUCCAGGAGUUCAAGGAAGAGACCGACAUCGACUUCCACGAUGCAAGUGAAAGCUUCGAAGAGACCGACAUCGACUUCCACGAUGCAAGUGAAAGCUUCGUACUUUCAGGGAAGUUCCAACAGGUAAAAAAAAGUGGAGAUUUGCGGAGUCAGUACUUGGAAAACUUUCAGAGAGAUUUUAGAUCGUUACUUCCUGAUGGGUUCCACAAGACAAAGAAGGUUGCAAAAGUUUCAGAUGCCACAUCAAAUGAGGCUGAUGAAACAGGAGAAACAGGCCCUGGAAAGGGCUCAGGAACCGGUGUUAACUUUGAAGACCAAGAAUGUGCAGAUAUGAAACCUCAACAGUACGAAACGACAGAAGAGUUUUUCCGUUUGUUUGUCAACGCACACGACAAAGAAUUGCAAGAAAUCGAGCAUGAUUAUGAAAUAAAAGUACACAGGGUUGCCACCGACAACAAAGUUACCGUUGAACCAACUAAACACUGCUCCACUGAAAAAUUCUUCGAGGGAUGCGAAGCUUUCAUCACUCUUUAUCAAAAUGUUCAUAAGUGCAUGAAGCUGGUAGAAUUCGCUCCCAGAGACCAACAGUCACCAGUACGUGUCAGGCAACGUAUCCGGACCGUGGGUAAGGCACAACCCUUAUCAAUUGAGAUUUGUAAAGACCAGAAACACUGGAAAGUCUAUGGUGAAGAAAUUUUUGUCGAGAAAUUUCUAACAGACCUCCAGAAAGAGGAUCUGAUCGAUCGGACAGCACAGGAAGCAGGGGCCUGGUGUAGAGAUGGAACAGAUGAGGAUGACGAGAACUUUGGAAAUGAAGAUCAGUUGGAACACAUUCUAGGUUCAGUUAAGCUUUCUGUUAUUAAGGGUGACAUCACGGAUCAAAACGUCGAUGUGAUAGUGAAUGCAGCUAAUAACAGACUCAGUCAUGGUGCCGGAGUAGCAGGGGCAAUCAUCGAUAAAGGGGGUUAUGGUAUACAGAAAGAGUCGGAUAACUACAUCUCUCGCUAUGGACCCGUGAACGAUGGUGAAGUAGCCGUGACUGGGCCUGGCAAACUAACAUGUAAAAAAAUCAUCCAUGCGGUAGGUCCUGUGUGGAGAAGAUCAGAUGAAGAGAAAUGCAAGAGAGCUCUAAAAAUGGCUUGUUCGAAAAGUCUCACAGCAGCUGCAAGCAACAGGAAGUGCAAGUCCAUCGCCUUUCCAGCGAUCAGCUCAGGACUCUUUGGCAUGCCGAAAGAGGUCAGCGCAAAAGUUAUGUUUGAAGCCGUGAAAGAAUACAUCACGCGAGAUCCUUCAAAGGCGAUUUUGACCGAUAUUAGAUUCGUGAUCAUCGAUGAUCCGACAGUGAAAGUGUUCAAGAAAGAAUUCAUUGAGUUCUUCCAAAUCCAAAAAGAUCAGUCUCUGGCGGCUGGCACAAUGACAUCCAAACCCCCAAGGUCAAAAAGGGGGAAGAAGAAAGAAAAAAGUGAGACAAAUGAUGUUAGUGACCCUUUGACAUCGCAUAGCGAUUCCUCCUCAAAGACUUUUAGCGAUGCAGUGACAGGUAACAGACGCGGGGACGCACAUAACGGAAGGGGUCCUCGGGUAGGACCGUCUGAAGGUAACACGAUGUUUCGUUAG